GCCAGGUAAAAAGAGCUCAUGGGAGACGAUAAAAAAAAAUUUAGCAUCAGGAGAUUUGGACCAGGUGUUUCAUCACCAAGUGAAGAUGGAGAGAAAGAAAAGAAAGGAGGUGAGUGCAAUUCACGGGACGUAUUUAGCCUUAGGAGGGGUCUUGAGUAGUAUGGCGGCUCAGCUCAAGGAGAUGAAGGAGCAAAUGGCGCUAGGGAAGGUAUUGGCGGUCGGUCAAGCAACGAACAAAAGGAGAUAUGGAGAAGAUGAUGAAGGGGAUAAGGAAGAAGAGGAAGAAGAGCCGGAACAGACCACCAAGGCUAAAGCAGCCCAGAAAAAGACUAAGAAUCAACCAACAGGAAAACAAGAAACUGGCAAGGUGCAGAAUCCGCAACAAGCUGGGACGUCAAAAGCACAGUUUCCCGCAGCCCAGCUCGCCCCAUGGCCACUUGUGGCUCCUAUGGGAGGCAAUACAACCAAGGAGCAGGAGCAGAGUCCACCUCCUCCCCCUAGGGAGCCCUCUAUCGAUAUAGGCGAGGAAGAGGAAGAUCAGGAUGAGCAGCUGAGGGAAGAAGAGGAUAAGAAGACUGAGCAGAGAGCCAAGAAGCGGAAGCAAGGAGGUAAGGAAAAUGGAAUGACGAUCUACAAGAAGCGGGACAAUUUGAGGUUGUUCCUGAGGGAGUUCGAGGAUUACGCAUUCAGGAGGGAGCGAGAGAYCCCAACCAUGCUGCUCAGAGUGACAAGUGUGGGGGAAUGUCAAUUGAAGAUUGAGGAAAUCACCACCGACUGCCUGGGUUGGAUGACAUUCGAAACAAAGAUGUGGGCUGAAUAUAGGAACUUGAGGAGAGACGAGAUCGAGGAUGAUAUUAUCUUCGAUGGAACCAAUGUGGAGGAUUUUGAGGACAGCCUCACUCAGUGUGCUGGAAAGAAAGGGUGGAAGGAGAAGGAGAAGAUGGAACUGGUAAUGGCGAGAGUGAACCCCAGAGAAUAUGAGAGUAUGAGGAAGAUUAAGGAGGAGUCAGAUACCUGGGGUGGGUUUCUUGUCAAAUUCAGGAGAACCUACACUCUGGUGGUACAAAGACAAAAGAAAGGCCAGUUACUUYAGGAGCAAGGAUUGUGGAUAGGGAGAAGAGGAGACAAGCAGGAAAGAAAAGCUCGACAUGAGAUUGAUGAGGAUGAUGUACCCCCCAGAAAGGUGCUUGAAAGAAAGAGGACAACAGUUCAGAAGGGAAAUGAAUCAGCAAGCAAGACCACAAGAGUGCACGAGAAGAGAAGAAGCAGGGAGAAGAAGGAGAAGGAAGAAGAGGGAGAGAAGAAACAGGACAUAAUGAGAGGAGAAGAAGGGAAGAAGGAAGUGGAAAAAGAGAAAGAAGGCACAAAAGAGAAGGAGGAAAAGAAAGAAGAGGGAGAGAAGGAACAUGACAUGAUGAGAGGAGAGGAAGGGAAGAAGGAAGUGGAGGAGGUCUUGGAGAAGCUUAGAGAGGCUAACUUCAAGAUCAACGCGAAGAAGUGCGAGUGGGCCAAGAUACAAGUCAUGUACUUGGGCCACGUAUUAGACGGAGAUGGCAUUAAGCCAGAGGACAGCAAGAUCGCGGCGAUUAGAGACUGGCCUACACCCCGCACAUUGACAGAGUUGCGGUCGUUUUUAGGCCUAGCUAACUACUAUAGGAAGUUCGUCAGGAACUUCUCGACCAUCGCCGCCCCCUUGCGCAGGUUGCUUAAGAAAGAGGCAAUCUGGCAGUGGGACAAGGACUGUACGUCUGCGCUAAAGAAAUUGAAGUGUGCGUUAAUAGAGUACCCUGUCCUCAAAGUAGUCGAUCCAUCUUUACCAUUUUUCGUCACUACAGACGCGAGUCAGUAUGGAAUAGGCGCCGUGUUGCAGCAAGACGACGACAAUGGCUAUAGACCCGUAGAGUUCAUGUCAGCGAGGAUGCCCUGUGAGAAGGUCGUUACCUCCACGUAUGAGAGAGAACUCUACGCUCUCAGGCAGGCUUUGGACCACUGGAAGCACUAUCUGCUUGGGAGACACUUCAAAGUUUAUUCGGAUCACGAGACCCUUAGGUGGUUAAAGACCCAGGCCAAGAUGACACCUAAGUUAACCAGGUGGGCCGCAGAAAUAGACCAGUUUGAUUUUGAGCUUAAGCCAGUGGAGGGCAAGUAUAACGUAGUUGCGGAUGCUUUGAGUAGGAGAUCAGCAGUGCCACGUCACAGUGCCAAGUCACAGUGCCACGUCAGCAGUGCCACGUCACAGUGCCAGAUCAGCAGUGCCACGUCAGCAGUGCCAGGUCACAGUGCCAUGUCAGACAUAGUGCCACGACAGCAGUGCCACGUCAGCAGUGACGUCAGACACCGUGCCACGUCAGCAGUGCCACGUCAGCAGUACCACGUCAGACACAGUGCCACGUCAGCAGUGCCACAUCAGCAAGUGCCACGUAAGCAGCAGUGCCACGUCAGCAACAUGACGGGCCUGCCAGGCCAACUGGCCAAUGAGUCCAUUGCCGACUACAAAAAGCGCUUCCAAGCUCAGCUCGUUGCAAUCGAGGCUGAGGAACAACGCCAGCUGGCAGUCAAGGCUGCCCAGCUACAGGCUGAAGAAGCGGCAACAGCAGAGAAGCUGCGGCUACAGGCCGAAGCAGACGCGGAUGCCCAGGCUCGCCGCAAGGAAGCCCAGGAUCUGCUGCUGCGGCAUGAAGCCAAYAGCAUCGAGAGACUCAAGUACUGGCACUUUGAACCAAACGGCGACGAGGCAACACCGGAAGAACAGCAUAAGGAGUUCAUGGCCAAGCUCGUGACCAGGUUGGUUUAUACUUGUAACCACCUACAGUCCGAGCUGGCGAACCUUCAGCGGGCCGUGCGGAACCAUAAGACUCAGCACGAGGAUGCCACAGGGGCACUGGACGCCCGUGUACUGGACUUGGAACAGGCAGUACCAGGACCAGAUGCUGGGGCUUCCAGCAGUGCACCCUCUAGCCGCCAACUGGAGGACCGCAUUGACCACGUAGUGGCAAUGCUCGGCGACAUCAGCACCUUCACUGCGCCGACCACCACCAUCAGCAGUCAGCUGCAUACCUUGAAGACCGAGGUCCAGCAGCUGCAGUCGACGAACGCGGAUGGCAAUCCGAAGUUGUACAAGAUGCGAACUUUCCAACUGGACAAGUUCGACGACUACGCGCAGCAGGAUCCGGUCCUCUGGUGGGAAGCAUUCACAACGCAACUCAGGAUCCUGCCCGUCGCCAAGCAUGCGUACAUCGGCGCCCUGUUCAUGAACUCAAAGGGCGGAUGCCAGACCUGGUUGACCCACCUGGCAACCUCCCGCGGCGUCGACGUACUUGACUUGAAGGACAAGAUCACAUGGGAGGAACUGACACGACUAUGGAAGAAGCGGUUCAUCGUCGACGACGCGCCGGCACUCGCCAUCAACCGUCUGUUCACCAUGUCACAGGGCAACACAGCAACACGGGACUGGCUCACGGAGUGGCAGAAGAUUGCGGCAGUGCCCAAUCUGAACUUACCAUUCGAACAUCUACGCCCACACCAUCUCGCAGGAGCAUGGCUGGCCACACUUAGAGCCCAACAGUAUACUGACAAUGAAGCGCAGAUCAACAUUCCCACCCGAUUGGGGGGAGACGCUCAUCAUUGGUUUAGCACCUACGUGUGGGUUGACCUCCCGACCUUCGAGCGAAAUUUUAUGAACCAAUUUGAUUAUGUUCACCCCGAACAAGCGCUGUACAUGAUCAAGGACCGAGUGCAAAAACCUCUCGAGUCCGUUGUGGAAUAUCGAAACCGGUUCUACCGAAUGUUCAUAAAAACUGAGCGAGGUGAACAAGUAGGGAGAGAUCUAUUCAUUGACGGACUUCGCAGCCGAACGAUAAGGGCUAAGCUGCGGAAGCAAUUUUCCCCCAUCACUCACACGCUGCAACAAAUCAUGGCUGCUGCGGAAGAAAUGGAACGGAAGUUCGCAGCGAACUUCCUGGAGGGAGAAGAUUACCCUAGAGAAGGAGAUUCGACCGAACUCGCACGAGUGAGAGCUGAGUUGGCCGCCUUGCAGAACAAGUUUGAGAACAUGGGGUUUGUAUCAGGACCCGUCACCUAUAUGGAACAGAUAGGCCCCAAGCGAGUGAUCCUAAGUGAGGUUCCGAGCGCUUCCGCUCUUGUGAUGCCUCCACCCGUAAGGGCGUUACCCCCGCCACUAGUUGAGGCUCCCGUACGAACGAAUGAAUCAGCAGUCAUUUUUGAACUAACCAAAACCUUGAUUAGUUUGAUCCAAGAAAGCAAAAAGGAGCAGCGAGAGCACAAUGCUCGGCUGGAAGCCAUGAUGAGGAACAUGCGGCCCAUUGCGGUAUGCGCCCCUCCGAUGCAGCAGGGAUUAGCCCCGGCACCUGCGCUAGGAGGAGUCGCAAAUAAUCUAAAUGUCUGUUAUGCCUGUCAUCAGCCAGGGCAUUUGGCCCGAGAUUGUCCCCACCGACCCCCGCAACAGCGGAUCGGGGUCGCACCCAUGGCUGCGGCCCACAUCGCUAACGGGCCUGGACGAGUCGGAGCUUUGAUGGAAGAAGUAGAAGGUGGGGGAAGUACCCUGGCCACCACGGAAGAGGCCACCGAGCAAAUCCCUCUAGAUCAGUACGUAUCGCUCGGAUAUCCUGGGCUUGGAAUGAUCGGAACAAUCAGACCAGCGCCAGAACCGAAAGAGGUGGCGGAGUGGCGACCGUCUCUAGGAGAAAUGGAGUCGGGAGGACCCACCUUUGUCACAGGAGAAAUCGAUUGGGUUCGGUGUCCGAUGGGGAUUUGCAAUGCGCCUGCCACGUUUCAGCGAGCGAUGAACAUGACGUUCCAGAAUUUCGUCAACAAGACACGGCUGGCGCAAGGGAUGAUUAACUUCUGCGUGAUCGUGUACAUGGACGAUAUCCUGGUCUAUUCGAAAACCUAUCACGGGCACGCGCAACAUAUCGAAUGGACAUUGGGCGCGUUGAGAGACGCGGGGUUCAAACUUGCGCUCGAGAAAAGCGAAUUUUUCCUUUCGGAAAUUUCGUUCUUGGGCUACGUCGUGACACGUGGAGGAUUGCGGCCGGACUCGAGAAAAGUUGCGGCGGUGAAACAAGCCCCAGUUCCCACGUCACUGACGCAGGUUCGAGCCUUCUUGGGGUCGGCGUCGUACUACCGGCGCUUCAUCAAGGGCUUUGCCGCGAUUGCGAGGCCACUAACGAAUCUGCUAAGGAAGGACCAGCCUCUCAGUUGGGACGCGGAGUGUCAACAGGCUUUUGCAACCCUCAAGGACGCUCUGGCGACGGCCCCUAUUUUGAUUCAGUCGGACCCCUCGAAGCAGUUCAUUCUCAUCACGGACUGGCAACCCGAAGCUAUUUCCGUUAUUCUAGCGCAGAAGGGGAACGAUGGGCGCGAACACGUCAUCGAGUACGCGUCACGUGCCAGACGAACGCCGGAACGACUCCGCGCCUCAAGGCGAUCCGACACCCAUCCUCGCCUUUCCUAUUGUCUAAAGCCCCUUGUUGUCCCCCUUCUUCAUCCUCCUCAUUGGGUCCUGUGGCGCGAAAACUUCAUCGAGCUUUCACUGUGCUUGGUUGAGGUACGGCUGACGUGGACCGGGGACGAAGCGCACCCGCCUUGCAUAGAGCGCCUGGAGUUGUUGUUUAUCCAAGCCUGGCGCACCAACGUGGAGGGAGAGUUUCUCACGUUUUUAUUCAGUACGGUGCGGCCCGGUCAUCAGGAACUUAUCACGCAAGAGCUCACGAUCCCGGUAGCGCAGCUGGCGGAUGAUCUCCCUCUUGACAUCAUCUCGCAGGACGACGAGCAUCCAGUUCCCCAUGUGCUUUCUCGCACCCUGACACCUUAUCUUCAGUGGUCGGCUUGCGUGGAGGGAGCCGCAGAGCGUAUCCCGCCGUCGCAGCAACAAUAUUUGGAUCCCCAGACAGCUCGCGAUCCUGGCUUCCUCAGGCACCCUACGGCGGAGCAGUUUGCUGCCAUUCGAGAAGAAGAGGAGGAAGAAGAGAGCACCGGGAGUGACGAAGAUGAAGACGGGCUAGAAGAAGGCGGGGAUAGCGGCGAAGUGCUCGGAGAAGAAGACGAAACCCCCGAAGAAGGAAGCUAUGGCGAGCAUAGCGAGGAAGAACCGAGCGAAGAAGAAGAAGAAGACGAGGAAGAAGAGGGGCACGAAGAAGAAUCUGCUGGAUCGGAGUGGGAAGCCGUGCCGGAAGAAGCACUGCGUACGGGUACAGAGGCUGAGGAUCCCGAGGCGGCCCGCCAAAGGGAAGAGAUUGCGGCCAGGAAGAAGGAAUUAGAGCUCGCAAGCGCGGUGAGUCUGCAGAUCCACGACGAGUCGAACCGAGACCCGGAGCCACCCUGACCUGAAGAUGGCGACCUGGCGGCCACGACUUCGGCCCCAUCAGCACAGCGAC